CUUUUCUCUCUCUGUGUCUAUAACCAGUUAACUGAAUAUUCUUGUCCUUGCUUCUUUGGGAUCUCAUGUAGUUUGUACUGUCAAGUUUCGCUGGACCUUUUAUCUUCUUUUGUUGGGAUUUAUGCCAGAUAGAUCUUUUUUGUUUCCCUUUCAUGGGGUUUCAUAGUUUAGGCCUGUAACUGACAAGAGAAUUCGAGAAAGUUGACAUGUAUGUGAUGUUCUAUCUGAGGCAUUCAGUUCUUCCAGAAACUAUGCUAGAUCCACCAAAAGUUGCCUCUUGAAAAAGGUCAUUAUCAGAGACUAGUAGUAAGUAAUGGCGUCAGCAGAAGGGAAGGCACCUUAUGCAGCUAAGUGUUUUACUCAAGAUUUCCGGAUUCCCCUAAAUACUUCGGAUCAUCCUUCACCAGUUUCAAAAAAGUUAGUGUCUGAUUGGGUUCCUUGUGAUUCUACUAAUGAACACAUUCAUGCCCAUUCAGUUUGCAUGCCCCAUGAUCUGAAUUCUGAUAAACUACCAGAAAUGAAAUGGUGGCUACAUGUGAAGAGUGAUUUGGGUGAUGAAACAAAUUAUACAUGUCAACAUCUGAAUUCCUACGAGUCUGAAUUUGGUGCCUUCUAUGCUGAAUUGCUUAAUAGAAACGUGAAGAGUGGGACAGAUCAAUUGAUCAAAGACUUAGAUACUUUGUCUGAUUUGGAAAUUGAUAAUUUAUCUGUAGAGCAGCCGCGGCAUGUUUCUCCUACGUGUAUGAAAAACAGCAAUACCAGAAUGCCAAAAUUUGAGGCUUCACUGAAUACUGAUUUAAAUCUUACUCCUAAGAAAAAAGAUCAGGGGGAACUAUGUUUUUCAGACAGUCGUUUUAUGGAUUGUGAUAUUUCCAAUUUCUUGGUCUCUGAACAAGUUAAAAUGACAUCAUGUGAUCUAGAAUCACAUUUGAUGGGAGCUGAGGAAACUAGCCCUUGGUGGCGCACUGCCGGAAAAGAUGAAUUGGCUUCCUUGGUUGCUCGGAAGUCACUUGAGCAUAUUGAGAAUUGUGAUCUCCCUCAUCCCCAUACUAAGCAUGUUAGUCUGAGACCUCCCUACCCUAAAGGUGUUGACCAUGAUAACAUUCUACCAUCAUCUUUGAAUCGUAAAACCGAGUCCGGUUCUUCUGUUGCAGAUGAUUAUACAACGGGAAUAUCCACUUCUGACUGCUCAUUUCAGGAUUCAAGCAAGCUUUCCAGUUUCAGCCAGAGCACAGAUUCUAGUUCAAGCAACAAAGAAUGCCACACAAAUUCUGAGAACAGUAGCAUGUCUGAGCUAUUAAAAGCUUUGUGUUACUCUCAAACAAGAGCAAGAGAGGCUGAGAAAGCAGCACAGCGAGCUUACAGCGAGAAGGAGCACAUCCUGAGUCUGUUUUUUCGACAGGCAUCACAGCUCUUUGCUUACAAGCAGUGGCUCAACAUGCUGCAGCUGGAAAACCUCUGCCUGCAACUCCGAAACAAAAACCAGUCAUUGCUAAAUCUCUUUCCAGCAUCCUUACCCUGGUCCCCAUGUAGGGGAAUGCUGCUUAAGAAGAAUCAUGACAAAGCUGGGAAGCGGAAGAAUAGUAACAGAAGAUGUGGGAUUGCAAAGUGUGUUGUUGCUUUUGCGGUCGGAGUAGGCCUUGCCGGUGCUGGCUUGCUUCUCGGUUGGACCAUGGGAUGGAUGUUUCCAACGUUAUAAAUUGCAUCUUGGUUCAGCGCAUACUUCUGCUAUGCUUUUCUGGAAUUAGAGUUCUGUUGUGCCGAAAAGAUUCACAUGAGUGGAUAUAUAAUGUUAUCCAUGGUUUCCAUGCCUACAUUUGUGCAUGUUCCUCAAACAUUUGCGACCAUUAGUUGUAUAUAUUCAAGAACAUAUAGUGUAGAAAGAUCCACGUCCACCUAUUGGGAAAAGGCUUAGUCGUGGUUGUAGUGCAGAAAGAAUACGUUAAGUAGACAUGUAUAAAGUUUGCUUUAAGUACCAAAUGUACUUAGUUACUUGAAAUAUGUAAACGGUCAAAAUAGUUUGUCAGGUCUGUGGGUCAUAGAUGAAUGGCAUUCCCAUAUUAGGUGCUCAAUCUGUUUCUCUCUCACUUUGUUUUGUAUCUCUUCAUCCUUUAGCUUUCAAUUCUUCUAUAACUCCUUUUAUUAUU